GAUAAAACGGAGUCUUUAUUUUCUUGUUGGUAAAAAAGAUUUCUGCUGAUCCCAUUAUCUUGGCUUGAUUCUUCUCCUGUCAGUUCAUCCGACAUCAAUUUUAGUUUUGUUUUUAAAUGUGAUAUGCAAAACAUUCUUGCUGUUUUACUUUUGGAUUUUAUUAUCGCAAUAUUUGGAUCACGAGUAUUAAUAAUUGACGAAAGCGGCAAAGCAUUAGCAGAUACUGUUGGCCCUUUAAAUGAAGGUUCCCGAUUAUCUCUAUAUUGUGAAACCAAUGGAGGAUAUCCAUCAGUUCUCACGUGGUGGAAGGAUACAAAUUUAUUGGAUGACAGCUUCAUUGCAAUGCCAAGAGGAGUUGUUCGGAAUGAGCUGACAUUAGCAUAUUUGAGCAGAGGAGAUCUUAUGUCCACAUUGACUUGCCAGGCAUCGCUACCUAAUGCUACUGAACCUGCAGAAAAGUCUGUUAGUUUAGAUUUGAAUUUAAAACCACUAGAUGUUCAUAUUACUACGUUACAACGUCCAUUAUCUGCUGGUCGCCACACAAUCCUCAAAUGCCAGUCCAGAGGUUCAAGACCUCCAGCAGUUAUUACUUGGUGGCUUGGUAGUAAGCAAUUGCUGAAUUUCACAAUAGCCGCAUAUGAUUCAACAACAAUCAGCAAACUUCUAUUUGUGCCUAGAUCUGAUGAUAAUGGGCGUGCUUUGUCUUGCCGUGCCAGUAAUCCUGUGAUGAAUGGAAAUAUACUAGAAGAUCAUAGAGUUCUUGAAGUGCAUUAUGUUCCCAAACUUUCUGUGACAGUUGGAACUCCUCGAUCAUACAUUCUGGAAGGAGAUGCUGUUUAUUUUGAUUGUAACAUAAUUGCACAUCCGUCUGUAACUGAAGUGGGAUGGAGAUUUCAAGAUGAACCACUUUACACCAAUAUUAACGCUGGCAUUAAAAUACAAAAUAGAUCGUUGCUCUUUCAUAAUAUCAAUAGAAAAUAUUCAGGCAAUUUCUCAUGUGUAGCUGCUAAUUCCGAGGGUGAAGGUGUCAGUGAUAGCGUUGCUAUUGAUGUUCACUAUGUUCCUCAAUGUGCUUUAAAUCAACGAGCUUCUUAUGGAGUUGCACUUCGACAAUCAGUAGAAAUCGAGUGCUUAGUUGAUGCCAAUCCAUCAAGCGUUAAAUUUCAUUGGUAUCUGAAUAACACUUUCCGCCAGAUACCAUUAAAGGGUUUUACAAUAAAUGGUACAUCCAGCACCCUUUCCUAUACUAUAAAAAGGGAAAGCGAUUAUGGCCAUAUUAUGUGUGCAGCAGAAAAUGAAGUUGGCAUGCAAACUGAAGCAUGUUGCUUUACUUUGACUCCUGCUUCUGUACCCAGUCCUGUGGAAGAUUGUAUUGUCUCUAAUGAAACUCUGAAUUCUGCAAUUGUUAGUUGUGAUCCAGGUUAUGAUGGGGGUUUACCACAAAAAUUCAACCUUGAAUUGUACAACUCCCAAGGAUUAGUCGCCUCAGACAUUGAAAAGACUACUCCUGAAUUUGAUUUAAUUGACCUGCCAUCUGGAAUGUCAUUUAUUGCUGUGGUAUUUGCUACUAAUGAGCUUGGUCGGAGCAAUGCUGUAGCAUUAACAGUUGCUACAAAAUCUGUAAAGAAAGUUGAAAGAGAUAAAGUGAAAAUGCCUAUCAGCCCUGUUUUAGCUGCUCUUAUAUGUAUAAUUGGAAUUUUGGUGUCAGCUGCAGUGAUAAUAAUUAUAUGUUCCAGGCACUGGUCUGCGAGAUUAGGUGAAAAUAUUCCAGAAAUGCCAACUGCAUGGGAUCCUGGUGAACUAAAGCCAGGGCAUCAAUACAUCUAAUUUACAUGAACUAAAUGUGUUCCAAAAAAUAUAUUCAGUAUAUAUAGUACAAAUUCUUUUGUAUUAUUUGAUUAUAGUAAUGGAAACAAAAUUGCAUUUAAAACUUUCUCUUUUGUAUAUACUUUAAUGUUAUUAGGUGUUAUAGUGCCUAUUUUUUAUAAUGACAACGUGAUAUUUUUACAAGUUUUUUUUUGUGCAAUGUCUUGAAUGUGUAUAUCUCACUGUAAUUUUAAUUAUUGUGUAAUCUGUGAUUAGAUAUGUAAUUUAUUAUUUUUGCUAGUCAUUUUAUACAUAUAUUUUUUUUAUUGUAUGUUGAUGUAUAAUGUUUGGUAAAGUUUUUUUUAUUCUUAAAUAAUUUCUGUACUUAAAAAUCCAUGAAUAUUUCAUAUUGUUUACUAUAUGAUGGCAUAAAUUAUGGUAACUCAUUUUCAUGCUAAAAAUUUAUAAAAUAUUUCAUGUGUAUGUUUUGCGUCAAAAAAUAUUUUUAACAAAAAUGUCUUAAUUAGGAGAUUUAAAAUUUUUUUUUAAAAAAAAAGCUUUAAUAAAUUAUUCAGCUAGUGUAGAAUUGAUAAGUCAAAAUAUUAUUGCUUAUCCAAUUAAUUUAAAAUCUCAUGCUUAUUAUAAUUAUUAUUAGCUGAUAUUAUUUAUAUGUAAAUAUUUUUAAAAAAAUCUACAAAGUUUGAUAAAAAUUUAUAUUUUUUAUACAAUAAAAUUUCUAAACUUGUUAUAAUUGCCAUUGUAGUAAAGUAGAAUGUAUGUAAUUCACAAAAAAUAUACAUAAAAAUAUACUUACAUAAAAAGUGAUAAAGGUAGUUUAUUAUUUUGUGGUAAAUUGGGAAUAAAAUUUUACUUUUUAAAAAAGCCAUUGAAAAAAAUUGCAAUGUUUUCUUCUUUAUAUAGGGGUCCCACACUUUAGAAAUUACGCAACUGAAUAUAUUUUUAUAAUUCUAUUUUAUUUGAUUUAGCAGCAGUGACUGAACUAUGUAUUAAAAAUACUGUUUAUUAUAAAAUAUCUUGAAAUGAUACAGGUAUGUUGUGUAGAAAGGAAAAAAAGAGAAAUCUAAAUUUAAAAAAUAUUAUAAAUGAGUGAAUAAUCCUUCUUUUAGCUGUUUAAAAAUUUUACUUAAGAUUUAAUUGGAUUCAAUUCUUAUGAAGGAUCAAUCUUAAGGUUUUAUUCUUUUAAAUGUUGUAAUUAUGUUUAAUAAUUCUUAAUCUGAACUUAAUGAUUUUAAAUGAAGUAACUAUUUAUUAUGCAGUUUAGCAUUUUAAUAAGUUAUAAAUUAGUUCAUCAGUUUGGAAAUGAAUAUUACAUUGUUAAUUGAUCAAGAUUUAUUUUGGAACUGCAUCUUAAUGUAGAAAAUAAGUGGAAGGCCAUUUAAUAUAUCCUUAUAAAUUUGGAACUUAAGUAAUCAUGUUUUUCUUUUUCAUAAAACAAAAUUUUGAAAAUCUAAUAAAAUGAAUGAGAUGACUCAGUCACUUUGUGGAUGGUCAACACAUGAAAUUUUUACAACUUUGAAAACGUUAAUUAAAUCUUAUUUUUUAAAUUGCGGGAACAAAAAGCUGAUGAUUAAGUAUGAUGUAACAUUAACCAACUAAUAUUUUGGGAAAAAGAUUUUUAUUUGAUAACCCAAAAGUUUUGUUUAUACAAUUUUAUAAAUUGGGCAAAAUUAAAAUAUACUGAAAAAACUUUUCAUUUGGGUAAGACAAAUUAGGUUGGUAGAAGAGUGGUAUGAUUAUAUAUGUAAUACUCUUUGAAUUCAAGAGAAACAAUAUAAAUUAUAGCCUUCUAUUUUAAAUUAUUGUUCGAAACAAAGAGAAAUGAGCCCCUUAAUCUGCAUAUAUUUUUUUUUAUCAAGAAUAUUAAAAUAUAUACUAAGGAGAGAACACCAUUUUCUAGAUUUCAGUAAAUGGAACUUUUUUUUUUACCAGUAUAGUAGAUAAAUGCAUUUCGAAGCUAUUAAAACUGCCAUCAACUGUACAUUAUUGUAAUAUUUUACAAUACACAUAACAAAGGCAAAUUUAGUAUACUAAACAUGAUGUUGAUAACAAAUUUUAAUAUUAUUUUUCUAAUGUCUUACAAUACUAUUAUAAUAUUAUUCUAUUUAUCUGCCAGGGUAUGGGAAACUAAAAUCAAUUUUUUCUAUUGUUAUUUAAUAUUAUUCGAACAUACAUUUUUUUUAUUUAAGAACUAAUUGGGUCUCUAUUUCUAUUAAGAUGCUUUGAAAUAAGUUUCUUAAUUUAACUUGCAGGGUUUAAAAUAACCUAAAGAAUUAAUCUCAUUUAAAAUUAAUCUUGUUAUGUUUUAUGGAUUAACUAAUAAAUCUUGUUUAAGUAAAGUUAUAACAUAUAAAAGGUUUGUGCUUUAAGGCAAGUUAAGUAACAUUUUUUUUUUUUGAAGGUAACAUCUUUAAAUCUCACUGUUCCUUUAGUAAGUACAAAACUACUUCAUAAAUGUCAUAUUGUUUCUUAGUAAGUAUUUUAUAAAUUCCUAGGAUUUAACAUUUUUUAUUUUUGUAAAAACAGUCUUUUAAAAAUGUGGCUUGUUUUGUCUCCAACUUUCCAUGAGUAAGUUAGGUGAUGAUGCUAAAUUUAUGUAAAAUAUAGUUUUAUAAAGUAUGCAGACUUAAUAACCUAAAUUUAACACUUUUAACUACUAGUUACUUGUGUAGUUUUUUAGUUAUAUUUAUAUUUUUUAGGUACUAUGCCUAGUCCAGGUUAAAUUCUCAUUCUGUUAAUUUAUGUUGAAAAUUUGCUAUUUAUCAUCAAUGAUGAGAUUAAAUACAUCAUAUUCAGAUUUUACAAAUUGUUUUUGAAGAACAAUUUUUACAAUCAUGUAAUUUUUUGAUUACUCAUUCUGAAAUGUGUUAAAUCACUAUAUUUAAAUGCGUUAUCUGAAAAAAAAGUGCUAAAAAAAAGUUCUUUGUCAGAAAAAUUAAUGACAUAUAAAAAAAAUAAAAAGUAAUUCAAUUUUAAAGAUAUAUUUGGAAAAUAAAAUAUAAGGGAAUCCUAUAUGGUACAAUUUGAGAUAACAAGCAUAAGUCUAAAAAUAUUAAAUUGUAAUUGUGAUCACGCUUUCUUCAGUAAUAUUUCCCUACACUGUUUUGUUAUAACUUUGUUUUAUAUUUUAUUAAAAUUGGGUUCGAAAUUUUGAAAUUAUGAGGAAAUUGUCAGACAAUUGAUAACUAUGUCGUUUCUACCAGCUUAAUUAGAUGUAUUUUCUUAAAAUAUUGUAUAAAUGUAUUUGUUUUAUUGUAUACUAUACAUGUAAUUGAAUGUAACGAACUUAGGAGUUAAUGAUUAGCAACAUUAAAAGUUUGUAUUUCCA